UGGACCAGAAAUGCCCACUUCCAUUGAUUGCACCCACAAGUCUCAUCUCAGCUCUGUUCCUUUCCCUUGCGCAUUCGAUGACUCCAACCACGUACUAAGCCAGGCUAAGCUCGUAUAGAUAGAGAUUAUUUCCUUCGAUGCACGUCUUGGCUUCAGUUGAGCUUUGUCAAGUUGAUGCUACGUUAGCUUCUUGAUUCAUGGGCAAAAGUAUCGGACGAAGCUCUUGGUUCAGUGCCUUGAAAAGGAUUUGCAGGAGGAGAGAACAAUUUCAGGAAGAAGACGAAGAAGACAAGGGGAGAGGGAAGAGAAGGUGGACGCUCUUGAGGCCUGCUAAUCAAGAAGCUGCGACAGCCCGACAAUGCUGCCGCGAACGGACCAUAAGCACGACAGCAAUGAGAAGUGUCGUCGAAGAAAGCCAUGCAGAUGGUAUUGAACUUGAAGUAGCAAUGGCGACCACGGCGGCUGCUCAAGCGGAGGUCGCGACGGCAAAGUUGGCUCUUGGAGCCCUCCCGCAUAUCAGUAGGCCUCGCACUGAUGUUCAGAAAGAACACUGCGCCGCCAUUGUCAUUCAGACAAGCUUUAGGGGAUAUUUGGCGAGGAGGGCGCUUCGGGCGCUUAAAGGAUUGGUGAAGCUGCAGGCAAUAGUAAGAGGCCGCAAUGUGAGAAAGCGAGCGGAGAUGACUCUCAAAUGCAUGCAGGCUUUGGUUCGAGUUCAAGCGCAGGUAUGUGAGCAACGUAAGAGGCUCUCGGUCUCGGAUGCAGGGAGCACAAAAUGCAGGUUUCCCGAAUUCAGCAGCUUUUGGAGUUCUAUCGACUCUCUCGACCUCAAACUCGCCUCUAGAGAUGGAAGAAGCGCUUCCUGUGAUAGGAAUAACUAUCGCCUGAUGCACAAGUUAGCGGAGACCAAAUCCAUGUCGGAGAAGAGGAAGGAAGUCACUUGGAAAAGCGAGAGAGACCUAGCUUCUGCUUUCUCUCAACAGAAGAUAUGGAGUGAUUGCAGCAGAGACCUACUUGAUAGGGAGGAAGAACCAACCCUGGACGCGCCCCGGAGGUCUGAUCAGAGGAUAACAGGAAGCGAUCAAAGUAGAAUCUCGUGUGACCAAGGAGACACCAUAAAAACCAUUGAAGUCGAUACAAGCGGGCACCGCCCAGCCUCUCUUUCGUAUCAAUAUCCAAUUAAGUCGAGACAUCAUACCCAAGUCGUACUGUCUUCGAGCCCCCGCCUAAUCAGAUAUCACCAGAACCACCAAGAAUCGCCCCAAGCACCAGGUUACGGUUCCAGUCCCGAACCUAGAUUAAGUGGCUCGAGCGCUGGACUGAAGCCGAACUACAUGGCUGCAACUGCAUCUGCAAAAUCUAGGGUACGGUCCCAGAGCGCACCAAGGCAGAGCAUUCCUACUCCAGUGAGAGAAAGGACAGGAUCAGCGAGAAAACGCCUGUCAUUUCCUCUUCCUGAUCCGUUUGGCAAAAUGGAUGGUGAAUUUCAUCAUCGUUUGAAGAGCCCGAGCAAUGAGAGAGGAGCUCUUGGGAGCAACCGUUCGUGGAAUGAUCCCAGAAGUCAUUCAAGUUCAAAGAUGAAUGGUAGAAAGCUGAGCAUGUGCAAGUGCAAAUGGUGUCAUCAUGAACCAAGUAUCCAAUAAGUUUGAAUGUCCAUCAUAGUGCAAUGAUACAUCCCUAAUGUUUCGGAUUAGCGCCUUGACGCUCCAACACUGUUUUGGAUCGAUGAAAAACAUUCAGACUUAAGGAGGGAAUGCCGCCAUUGUGUUGCAAUAAAAUACUUGUAAGCUUAUUUAA